AUGUCGCGUCAAGGACACCAGAGGGAAUACUCCAUCGUCGUGUUGGGCACUGGCGGUGUUGGCAAGAGCUGUCUGACGAUGCAGUUCAUCCAGGGCAUCUUUGUGGAACGUUACGAUCCCACGAUAGAGGACUCAUAUCGGAAACAAGUGGAAGUAGAUGGCAGACAAGUGGUCCUCGAGAUCAUGGACACCGCAGGCACAGAGCAAUUCAUGAUCGUCGCCGCGAAACUGACCAUCACGACCCACAGAGAUAUGUACAUGCGACUCGGCCAAGGCUUUCUUCUGGUCUUCAGUAUAACUUCUACUUCGUCAUUACGAGAAUUGGUUGAGCUUCGCGAACAAAUCGUUCGGCACAAGAACGACCCAUCAUUUCCCAUUGUCCUAGUUGGCAACAAAUCCGACCUUGAGGAGGAUCGCGCUGUUUCCAGGACCAAGGCAUUUCACCUGUCGCAAAGUUGGGGCAACAUUCCAUACUACGAGACGAGUGCGCGUAAAGCAACGAACACGAACGAGGUCUUCAUUGAUGUGUGUCGACAAAUCAUUCGGAAAGAUAUCCAAAGCGGACGCUUGGAUCCACUUGAUUCGGAACGAUCCGAUCGCGGCAAGAGAAAGAAGAAGAAGAGCAAGGCCGAUGGUGGGUCACGAUGUACGAUACAGUGA